GACCUUGAAGGUCAAGGUGAGUUUCCAGUUUACAGAAAGCGAACACAGACUGCAUAUACAUAUGUAUAUAUGCUGGCCUUGCAAUAGGAAGCAGAGGACUUGUUCGAGGGGCUUCAUUUUUUUAUUGCAUUUGAGUCGUGUUACCCGCAAGAAUCGACCCUAAUUUUACGGUCUGACGUUGCUUUUUAGCUGAGCAAGAAUGACUUCGAAACAGCAUGACACCGACAGGCGUAAGCAAAUUAGUAUCAGGGGGAUUGCGCCUGUGGAAAAUGUAGCAACCAUUAAAAAAUCAUUCAAUAGGCAUCUUCACUACACACUUGUAAAGGACAGAAAUGUUGCCACCCCAAGAGAUUACUACUUCUCUCUUGCAUAUACAGUUCGAGAUCAUCUUGUUUCACGAUGGAUUAGGACCCAGCAGUAUUACUAUGAGAUUGAUCCCAAGGUAAGAAAAAAACCACAAUAAUAAGCCUUUUUAAAAACAUAACAAUAACAGUUAUUAACUUGCAAAUUAUAAGCCAAAUUAAUAUAUUAUGUAUUAUAUUAUUAUAUAAAAUUAUAUUACUAACGAACACUAUCAUUUAUUUUAUAUUAAAACAUUGUCAUCAUUUUAAUAGCCUCUACUCAAGUAAAUAGGCAAUAGUAUCAAUACCGGUGGGUACACUGACAAUGAAUAGUUUGAGUUUGGUCUACUGACAAUGUCAAUACAUUUGAAUUUGAUUAGUCAUUAGUAAAAUGAGCUAGUUCUCUAUCUAUACAGUAGUCAGUAAUGUCAAUGUCUUUUUGCAGUAAUGUCUAAAAUCCAGUAAGUUCAAGUAAAAAAUUCACCCCUAUUGUCUAGGCCUAGGCUUUAUUUAUUUUAUUAUAUUAUAUGUCAGUAGGCCUAUUACUAUUUAAUACUAUUUAUUAUUAUUAGGAGUAUAUUACUUUAGCUUUGCUAUUAUAGACUAUGUCUUUAUUAUAGACAGAUCAUGAUGAUAUUGCCAUGUCUUUGGCUUUACUUAUUAUAAUGUAUAGCUAUAAUAUACUAUACAAAUUAUACAAAAAAUACUGUGACAUCAGACCAGUGUAUACACAACAAAGAUCAGCAGAUAUCACAUAAAAUAAUAAAAAAAAUAAUUUAAAAGAUUGUUGGCCCCUGCGAAUGGGUUAAUAAUAAUAUGAAUAUGAUUUAUCCAAUUGUCAUUGAGUCACUGCCGUUGGCCUUAGACUUUUUAUGUUUUUUGUUUGGUUAUUUCCCCACUAUAAAUUUGGUAUGCAUUAACCUUAGGUGAUUGGUGUGAUAUGCCACCUGGUGCUUCUAGAUACUAUAGUCUCAUAUAAAUCAUACUAAUAUGAUUCAUUUGAAAUCUUUUUUAUGUGCAUUUAAAAAGCUUGAGUAUCAUGCUAUAAUGUAAAAUAGAUUGUACAUUGCUUUUAUAUGAUCCAGAUUUAUGUUUAAAAAAAAGUCUGUUGGUGGGGGGUGGAGGUUGACAGUUAUGAUGAAUCUGAAAGAAAUGUAAGUCUUGUAACAAGGAUAUUAUUUAAAAUACAUAAAGGUGUAGCAGGAACAUUUGAGGUAAGCCAGUUAAGGUUGUGCGUACACACACACACACCCCCCUCAAUAAAAAUCAGAAACUAAAUAAUUUCUACCACUCUGUUAAGAAAAAAAUUUAAGAAAAAAAGUAUCAAAUAAAUGUAUGACCAGUAGUUGACCUGGGAAACCUCCAUGACCUAUAUACACCGGACGACAUGGCUGGCUCUGUCUCUAACUGUAUUUUAGUCAAAUCCUUUAUAAAAUGUAAUAUCCAUCAAUGGGGGGUGGAGCUGAAAAUUUGACUAAACAUGCAAACAAGUAACACACUUAAUAAAAAUCCCAAUUUAUCCCCCCUCCUCGCAACAGUACAUUUUUUUCAUGCCCCUUAACUAUAGUCUUAUUCUAAUGACUCUCACCGCAGAUUUAUUACACCAGCUAUUUCAGAAAAACAAAAGAAAAUAUUACGCACCAAACGCACUUGCAAUAUUUUUUUUAAAAAGAAACUCAUUUAGCUCAGUUAUUGUGAAUUUUAUUUUGUGAAAUUAGUGUCAUCAUAUUUCCUUUAUCUUCCCCUUAAAUAACAGGAGAAACUGAUUUUUUGGGGUUGAGGUUGAAAAUUUGAAAGAAUGCGUUUUGAUUGGCAACGAGUCUACAUGCCUAGUUACAGCUCAAUAGGUAGACAGGAAGUGGGUCAUUUAGCUGUCCAAAGAUUUUGCUAUCUAGCCAGAAACACAAACAAAAAGAAGAUAACAUAAAGGAUUUUUUAAAAAAAUCUUUCCCCUAUUUAAAAAUUUUAAAGUAAUAAUUUUAGUUCUAUUUAUGAACGUGUAGGAUAUUCAUUAUGGUAGGCACUUUGUUAUUGUCAACUUAGAUAAUGCCUUUUUGUUUAAAGCAGUACACUCAUCAAAGGCGCAUUCCAGCCAUGUCUGAGGAUGGAGGAUGAUAAAACAAGAAUUGGAUAUUAUUGAUUUUUACAAUAAAUUUCAUUUGUCCAGUUUGAUGUGAAUAUUACAAAACGCAUCUGGCGUGUCUGAUGGUGACGACAGAGAAAGUAUUGGCAAUGGUUGCAUUCAAAGAGUAACAAUGUGUUUAAAAAUAUUCUUUGAAUCCCCAGAAAUGUGUCCUGUUUAACACAUCUCUAAACAAGGACAUGGUUCUGAAUUUAAUGGCGGUGAUGUUUAAAUUGAUACUUGUGUGUCAAAAGACUUUUUCUGUGAUGAAAUGUGAUCUGUGUUAGCAGAGCAGGGACAAACUUUUGAUCACAGUUUUUCUGAAAUGGGGCCAGAUUUUUUAAUACUUGUGAUCAAAUAAAUUCAAACAGCUUCACCCUUGACUCUAACUGCACACUAUUUUGUAGGCAGUUUUCAUCCUAUUUUUCACUAGGAUUGAUAUUGUAAUCACUUGGCUUUUGUUUUUGUGUAUGUAACUGGCCUGUCACAUCAUUCAAGAUCACAAAAAAAAACAAGUUUUUGCACAUCCCUGAAAUUGAUGGUAAAAAAAUAUGUAACAUUUUAACAUUAUUUAUUUUAAUCAUUUAAAAAAAAUUUUAAGCUAUUAUACAAGAUUGUCCCCUUCCUCCGCUUUUUUGUUUUACACAUUAUUUAUAAUGCAUUAGUUUAUUUUUGAUCUUUAAAAUAUUUCAGAGAGUUUACUACUUGUCUUUGGAGUUUUACAUGGGACGGACACUAUCCAACACAAUGGUCAACUUGGGAAUUCAGAGCUCCUGUGAUGAAGCCAUGUAUCAGGUACGGUUCGCAUGUUCUUCAAUAUAACCAUUUGGGAUAUAACUUUGACUUGAGCUAAUUGAUACCUUUUGGUAUGUGGCAUCUAAAUUUCCCAUGUAGACUGUAAGAAAUAAACUUGAAUAACAAAGAGAUUUUAUUUCAACAAAAAAGCCAACUUAUUGUGUAUGAACAUAUCUUGAUCCAAUUACAUUUCUUUAGUAAUUGUUUUUAUCUGAGUCGACGAUGUCUUAUUACUUUAAAAAAUAAAUGUUUAAUUCCUAGCUUGGUCUAGACAUAGAGGAAUUGGAAGAGAUUGAACAGGACGCAGGGCUCGGUAAUGGUGGCCUUGGUCGCUUGGCAGCCUGUUUCUUAGACUCCAUGGCUACACUUGGAUUGGCUGCGUAUGGAUAUGGUAUACGCUAUGAUUAUGGCAUCUUCACACAGAAAAUUGAAAAUGGAUGGCAGGUUAGAUUAUACAUUUAACAUGUUCUUGUAAUGCAUACAUUUAAUGUGUUCUUGUAAUGCUUCCUCUUAACUUCUUCAUAACUUAUGUUAAAGUCAUAAUUUAUGUCAUCUAUUAUCUCUAGAGUAGGGAUGGACAAACCUUUUGUGCAGCAGGCCACAUGGGAAUUUCUUUGACCACAGCAUCAUAAUUUUAAACAUAUGUCAUAAAAGAUGGGCUACCAAAAUUUAUUCUGAGUUGAGUUCUCAAAGAAGAAGUGGAAUAAUUUUUUAAAAUUUGCUGUGAUUUUAUUUUUUUACAUUUGUAUGCUGAGAUUAUUAAUUUUCAAAGGCUUUUCCACAUAAUUUUUUAUAAAUUUAAUUUUUUACAAAAACAUUAAUUCAGACUUUAAUUCAGUUCUUGGAAGGUCUUGUGGGCCACAUUAAACAUUUCAAUGUGCCACAGAUGAACCGCUGGCUGCAGGUUGCCCACACCUGAUUUAGGGGAUUAUUUUGAUAGUAGGAGAUAUUUUUCAUGAAUGUUUAGCAUUAUUUCAUUUAAGGAUGUUAAUACAAUGUUUUGGGGGGUAAUCUCAACUUUAAACUAAAAUUGUUUCAAAUUCGAUAAUCAUUAAAAAAAAUAUGUAAAGAUUUUUGUUUUAAAAAUUAAUAAUUUAAAUCUGCUUAUAAUCCCUAAUUUUCUUAUUGAAUUUAUAGCUCAAUAUAGAGACUACUUAGUUGGUAUACAUAAAAUAUAUUUUUGUCUUAAGAUAGAAGAGCCUGAUGACUGGUUGAGAUUUGGCAAUCCUUGGGAAAAAUCUAGACCAGAAUACUGUCUUCCGGUAAACUUCUUUGGACAUGUAGAGAAUGUCAAUGGCAAGGACAAGUGGGUUGAUACUCAAGUAAGAAUUUUACUGCUAGAGAUUUAAAAUUUUGUUUCCAUUAAUAAUGUUAACUCAGUGUUAAUAUUAAAAAUUCAUGUUACAAAAUAAUCAAUUAUUUUUUAGGGUGCAAAAAUAUUCACAUCACAUAUUCGAGUUCCUGUGUUGAAGACACAACCUAUAAUUACUUCUGUUCCAGAUAACAUACAUGCAAGAAAAUACUGGUAAUCUGUCUGUUCUUGCUUCUUUUUGAUCAGUCUACAAUUACUAAUGCUUACACCACUCUAAUUAAUGAAAAAUAAUGCAUUUUUGUUUAGGUACUUUUUGCAAUGCCCUUUGACACCCCCAUCCCUGGAUACGGUAACAACACAGUUAAUACACUUCGUCUGUGGUCUUGCAAAGCCCCAAACAGCUUCCAUCUCCACUUCUGUAAGUUUGACUUUUAAGUUUAGCUGUUAAACUUUUGUGAAUGCAAAGAUGUACUUACACAUUAUUAAUCAGCUAAAACUUAUCAGAAAUUACUUUUUUUUCCGUAAUGAUUUAAAAAAAAUAAAAAUAAUUUUUGUAAUUAAUUUUGAUACAAACACGCUGGUGCCACUUUUUCAGUUGGUCCAAUUUUAAUUAGGUACAAUGCUUUUAUUUUAUGUCAGUUAACAAUGGAGAGUACAUCAAUGCUGUUUGUGAAAGAAACUAUGCUGAGAAUAUCUCCAGAGUCCUGUAUCCCAAUGACAAUGUGAGUUUAAGAAUGUAAUUUAGGUUUUCACGUUGUUAUUCUUUUGAAUAACAAAAAAGCUGAGAGAUAAUUUUGUUUCACGGCUCAGCUCCAACAUUUAAAUUCAGGAAUAGACUGAGCAGUGUCUGAUGAAGUUGUUUUAUGUGAAUAAUUUUAAAUAAGUGUCAUCUCUUCAAAAUGCAUAUGAUUUCCAUAAUUUUCUUGCAAGUUAUCUUUUUGUUCAUGAGGAUGAAUCACAAAAUAAUGGUAAUUUCAUUUAUAUAAUCUAUUAAUGAUUUUUAUUAUUUUUUUAAAUAGUUUUACUUUUUUAAUUAUUAUUUUUAAAAAAUUCAAUGGUCUCUUCAUAAAUCUCUUGCUAUCCACAUGUUUUUCAUUUCAUUAUUUCUUAUGUUAUCUGUAGAUGUUUGAGGGGAAAGAACUCCGCUUGAAACAGGAGUACUUCCUUGUUGCAGCAUCUUUGCAGGAUUUAAUCCGUCGAUUCAAAUCAUCUACCUUUGGACAAGCCAACCCUGCCAGAACCUCCUUUGACACUUUCUCAGACAAAGUGAGUACUUCAAGUGAAAAGUUGCAAUUGUUGUGAAAUGUAGUAAGGUUAAGCUUCCAUCCAUCCCUGUUGCACUACCAGACCUUUUUACCCUCAAACUCUUUAAAAUCGUACAAUAUCAUCACAAAAUCGUUCAAUAAAUUAUCUUAAUAGUAUAAAAUAAACAUACCCGUAACAGUAAAUAUGAUGUAUGUACCUCAAAAUCGUACAUUGUACGCCUAAAUCGUAAGAGUGGCCUUCCUCACCACUUCCUUCCACUCAGACCUAAUUCAUACUUCUCUUUUCCAUGCUUGGAUUCCCAGCUGCUGUAAAACUUUUGCCACAUCAUCCAUCCAUCUAAGCCUAGGUCUUUCUUUGAGCCGUUUCCCCUGGUGUUUCGGUGGUGCAUCCUCUUCACUCCUGUCAUUUAGCAUUCUUUCUAAGUGUCCCACCCAGUGUAGCCUGCCCUAUUUUUAUUUCUCCUACUGGGGUGUUAUCCUGAUGUAGACUACAAUGUCUGGUUGGUUCGUAUUUUCCAUCCAUAUUCAUCCGUUGUUGGUCCAUAUAUUUUCUGGAGAUUUUUUUCUCUCCUACGUGUUUAUUAGGUUUUCAGUCCUUUUUGUUAGGGUCCAAGUUUCACUUGCGUUUUACAUAUAGUUUGUCUUCUAAUGUUUUUACGUCUCCUAAUGUUUUUACUUUUGAGCAUUUUCUGAAUACAGAAGUAUGCCCUGUUUCCAGCCGAUAUUCUUUCUUUGACUUCUGUUAGUAAUUCAGUUCUUUCAUUUAAUAAUGAUCCUAGGUAUUUGAAUUGAUUUACAUUUUCAAAAGUGUGGUUUCUAAUUUUAAUGCUUUUCAUCUGUCUGUUCUUCUCUUAAGUUAUGCUUACUGGAAAUAAAUUAAAUGAUACAUUAUUAUGUGGACAAUAGUAAAUUCCCUACUGUCAUCUGUUUUUUUUUGUAUGGAGGUUUGACAUAAGCCUAAAUUUUUACGAUUUAAAGUAAGGUGCAUGCAAUGAACAAUUUUAUUUAUUUCUCAGGUUGCCAUCCAACUGAAUGACACGCAUCCAUCUCUGGCCAUUCCAGAACUUAUGCGUAUUCUUGUUGACAUUGAAAAUGUUCCAUGGGAGAAGGUUAGCAAGUAAUAUUAAGUCAAGUCUUGAGUUGUUUACAUCAAUUGGAAAAGAAUUAUAAUAUCUGAUUUUGUAAUCUCUUAUUUGGACGAUCAGUUUUAUUGUUCUUUUGACUUAGUGUCAUCCACAUCUUAAAUAAGAAAAAACAUUAAAACUUAUGUGAAACGGGUACACUAAAUAUUUUAAAAUUUUAAGGCUAGAAAUAUGAGCACUUAAAUAUGAAAUACGAAAAAAUACAAUAUUGAAAAAAUAGGGUCUAAUAAGUUGUAAGCUGUAAAUUUUCCUUUCAUAGGCUUGGGAGAUUACUACAAAAACAUGUGGUUAUACCAACCAUACUGUUCUUCCUGAGGCCUUGGAACGCUGGCCUGUUGGCUUACUGGCACACGUACUACCCCGCCAUCUUGCCAUUCUGUAUGAGAUCAAUGCCCGCUUUUUGAAAGUAAGUGAUCGAUUUGUUAAAUCUGGUUCAUGAUGGUCAUAGUUUUGUCUCCAAACAUUUGAAUACAUUUAAAAGAAGUUGUUAAUAAAAGUCCAGUCCUGACUUAUCCAUUUCACUGUCCAUUGCAGGAAGUGGCCAAAAAAUGGCCUGGAGACAAUGAUCGCCUUGCCAGGAUGUCUAUUGUUGAGGAAGGUCCUGAAAAGAAAAUUAAUAUGGCCAAUGUGUGUAUCAUAGGGAGCAAAGCUGUUAAUGGUGUGGCUGCUAUACACUCUGACAUCAUCAAGAAAACAACGUGAGUUUGGAGUUGAAGAAAUGACUCCUGACUCACACAUUUUUUUGUGACUUAUUUUCUUUUUUAAAACGCAAAGCCUUUGAGAGAGGAAAUAGCCUAAUUGUAGACUGGUUAAGAUAUACUGAAACGUUUUCUUAAUAUAGAGACCUAAUCCAUAUGUCUUUCAGACUUGUGAUGGGAAUAACAUUGUAUUCCAAUGAUGAAGUGUUAUAAUAAUAAUUAUUGUUUUUGCUUAUAAAAGUCAGAAGUGAUCCAGAUGAAAAAAGUCAGUGAGGUACAGUUUUACAGUUUUUAAAUUCUUGCUAUAAAUUUAAUUAGAGGGAAAAAAAAUCUCCAACUUAUGGUGUUUCUAUUCCAGUUUCAAAGAUUUUUAUGAGAUGUUUCCCAAAAAGUUCCAGAAUAAGACAAAUGGCAUCACCCCUAGAAGAUGGCUGCUGCUUUGUAACCCAGGGCUGGCAGACAUUAUUGCAGAGGUACAAAUACUAAUGUAUCUUAAAUACCUUAGUGCUUUUGUGGUGUAGAAGGCUAAAUGAUUAGCUUGGGAUUUUCCAGAGUUUUGAUCUAAGAGUAGAAAAAUGUGGAAAGUACAACAUAACCUUUUUCUAAUUAGAUUUUUAUCUGUUUAGAAAAUCGGUGAAUCAUGGGUGACCAAUCUGACAGAGUUGAGGAAACUGACACCAUCCUGCAAAGAGGAAGCUUUCCUGCGUAACUUUAUGAAAGUGAAACAAGUAAGCAAUCUACAAGAAGUGUAUUAUUGUCACAAUUAUUUUUAUAGUUUGCUCUUCAUAUUUUAUUGUUCAUCAUAUGCCUACUGGGUUCAAACUUGCUGCUAAUAACUUUGAAUAGUGAAUUAUAAAAUAGCUAUUAUUAUUUAAUUGACCACUUUGGAUUGCAUCUUUUUUUCGUUGCUGCUUUAGCAAUAAUUGUCCAACAGUAAAUAUUCACUUUAGGUUUAUUCUUCAUUUAUUUUAUACUAUAUAUAUUGAUGUUUUAUAUCACAGGAAAAUAAAAUGCGCCUAGCCCAGUACAUCCAGACCAACUAUCAUGUCAAGAUCAACCCCGCCAGUAUGUAUGACAUGCAAGUCAAGAGAAUUCAUGAGUACAAGAGGCAGCUGAUGAACUGCCUACACAUCAUUGUAUUGUACAACCGUCUCAAGAAGAACCCACAGGCCCAGUUUGUACCCAGGACUGUAAUGAUUGGUGGCAAGGUACGGAACGCUUAGAGUUAUCUGGUCUUUGAUGUUCAUUAAAAAUCAGUGUCUUCUCUUAUAAUUUUUAGAUGGUUGUUGUUAGUUGAUUUUAACAAAUAAUUCCCUAUUGUUGAGUAAAUACAUUAUGAUUAAUAAUAAAACAAACAAAAAAUUAUAGUUUUUAAUUAUUGAUCGAACUCUUGCAUAUGCCACAUGGUGUUGUAUUCAUUGCUGAUUAAAAAUAAUGAACGCCUGAAAUUUCAAAUUGUUUUUAAAAUCUUUUAAAAAAGAUUGAAAGUUUUUUUAAGUUAAUUUAAAUUAUUAUUUUGUUUAGUAUAGCUUGAUUUCAAACAAAACCACAUGUCUCUGAUUUCACAACCCCAUUUGUCUAAAUUUUUAAUACAAUAUUUAUCAACCCAACCUUUGCUAUCUUGAAUUUCAUUUUAAAGAGUUGUAAGAUAAGACUGUGUAAGCCUGGGACAUCUCCAGAUUAUAUACAAAAAUAAUUUAUCUCUCAUUAAGGCCGCCCCUGGGUACCACACAGCAAAGAUGAUCAUCAAGCUGAUCAACAAUGUCGCCAAGGUGGUCAACAAUGAUCCAAUUGUAGGAGACCGCCUGAAGGUGGUUUUCUUGGAGAACUAUCGGGUGUCUCUGGCUGAAAAGAUCAUACCUGCAGCAGAUUUGAGUGAACAGAUUUCUUUGGCAGGGACUGAAGCAUCCGGCACAGGAAACAUGAAAUUCAUGGUUAGACUUAAUUUUGAUUUUCGUCAUGCUUUGAAUCUGAAAACUUUUAUCCCAAAUUAAGAUCUAAAAUAAAUGUUCCUACUCAUUUAAAUAUAAGUUAAAAUAACUUUUGGGCAUUGAUUUGGGAAAUAAAUAGGAAAGAGCUGAAAUAUGUUUGUCAUUUGGUAAAUAAUAAAUUGUAUCCAUAUUUUUUACUAUCUUCCUAAUUCUAAGAAAAAUUCAUUCAUAUUGGUAGAUGCUAUUUGAAUUUUUUUGUAAACAGUUAUCAAAAUUAUGUGGUGGCAAUUAAGAUCACACUAAAAUAUAAAAAUAAAAUUUAAAUCUUAAGAAAAGGUACAUUAAAUAUAUAUUAUAUAAAACUAGCAAAAACAUAUAAGAUAAAUAUUUUAAACUAACUUUAGAUUUUGAUAAUAGAUGGGAGGUUAUUACAGAUUAGGCCUUUUUGAAGGGGCACUCUUGAAUUUAUUAAAAGAGAUAGUUGAUAAAGUCACAUGCUAUAUGUAUUCCGAAGUUUUAAAAUUAUUAUAUGCUAAAUUACAAUCUAUUAUUCUAGUUGAAUGGAGCCUUGACCAUUGGCACACUGGAUGGGGCAAAUGUGGAAAUGAUGGAGGAGAUGGGCAGAGAAAAUAUCUUUAUAUUUGGCAUGACUGUGGAGCAAGUGGAGGAACUAUGGCGCAAAGGGUAAGGUUGAAUAGCUCUGUCACACAAUGGACCUACUUGUACCUUUUAAACUGAAGGAUUUAUAAAUGUUUGAAUUUCUUUGUUUUAUACUCUUUUGCUCAAGUAUGAGUCAGGGAUAUUUAAAUAUAACAUUAUCAACUGUGCCCCCUUUUUUCCUUGAAACUGGCAUUUCCUUGACAAGAUGAUAAUUAUUGUGAGUUUGUCUUUUUAGCAAGGAAGUGAACUAACUCAGUGAUUUUCUUUUAUAGAUAUAACCCAAGGUCAUACUAUGAAAAGGAUGCGGAACUCAAACAGGUGCUGGAUCAGCUAAACAGUGGUUACUUUUCACCCGAAGAACCAGGACUUUUCUGUGAUCUUUUCAAUGGCCUGCUAAAUAAUGACAGGUGAGUCUACAGAAUACUAUAGAAAUCACUUCCCAUUAGUUGUUUGAUAAUUUCAAUGUUUGUUAUUAGUCACAACUUUUCAAAAUAGCUUUUGUCACAACUUAACAGUGAUAACACCUUACAAUUGUUGUAUGUCUGCUUUUCUUUUGCAAUCAUUCUUAGUCUCAACAGAAAAUAUGCAUUGAAAUAUUAGGAGCAAUAUGUAUGUUUAAGUAGCUUUUUAUUUGCAACCUAUAACUAAUAAUAGCUUACACAUUUAUCUUUCUCAUGAGUGAGUGAGAAAAGAAACUCAACAUUAACAAGAAAAGGCCCACUGCCUCCAUGGGUACCUUCAUAAAAGUGGCAACAUAGAAAUAGGGAUUGAUGGGUAACAAACAUUUGGACAACUGUUACAUGAGGGUUUCGAAUUAUUUAUUUUGAAUUAGAAAAGUAAACUAACUAAUUUUUCAUGUAACAUGUAUUUUCAGAUUUGCCUUGUUGGCAGACUUCAGGGCUUAUGUUGAUUGUCAGUCAGAGGCCUCUGAACUUUUCAAGGUAAGUUAGCCUUGCUAUACUUGGAAUACCUGUAUCAUGGUCAAAUACAGGUUGCCAUGCCACCUGAAUGUUUCUAUGUGGCGCCUAAACUUUAUAUAACAAACAGACUGAGGGUGUUGGAGCACAAUUCUCAAAGAGAAAAAGCGCACAGCAAGGAAAAGCAGAAUUGACUCAAAUCCAACUAGGACCCAAAACAAUGUGUCUCAAACGUGCCGGAAAGCUUUCCAGGCACAAAUUGGACUGGCAGACAAUGUGCGCAAUGACAGCCUUGGUCAUCUUCAAAUGCAAAGAACGAACAACAAAAUAACAAAAAAAAUUAUUUCAAAAUCUAUCUCAUAUAUAUUACGCUUCUGGUGUGACUGCUUCAAACAAGCUGGUUGCUUCCUAUUCAGGGUAUUUGGUACUGAGAUUAUUUUUGUAGGUUUUUACUAAAUCCUUUUUUUUUUUGUGACAUAUAUUUGGGUAGAGGAUGUGGUGUUGUUAAUGUUGUUAUGUCUUAGCAGGAGCAGCAGUGAUGGCUUAGUUAGUAAUGGUGUGUUAGUAAUGGAGUUCUUUAUUGAAUAAAGAGACGUUUGCUACAUGAAUCAUUGGUUUGUAAAAUAAUUACAUAUUAUUCUCUAUGUUUGAAAGAAAGUAUGGUUCAAUAGUGAGUUCCAUAGAGCCCAAAAUAUAAUUCCUAAUAACUAUGCAAAAUGAUUUUUUUUUUUUUUUAAAAUCGCAAUUGCAUUUGGUGCGUAAUAUUUUCUUUUUCUGAAAAUGAAAUCAUCUUAAUUUAAAUAGGGUGUAAAAAAAAAUCCGUUUAAAAGUGCUUGGGAAACCAGAAUAUUAAUAUUUUAUAUGGGCGUGAAUUAAAAAAUUGGGCAAUGAGGUGUCAUGUGGGGAAGGGGUGUUGCAAAAAUUGGGACUCUUAAAUGUGCGUUACUUGAGUUGAUGUUUUGUCAAGUAACUUUAGUAGAUAGGAAGUUCACGCAUUGUCAGCACCAAUGUUUGGGGAGCUAUAACUAGUAUAAACCACUGCAGAACUAUACCUGCUUUUAAGGUGUGCCAUCCUUUCUAUGAAAGCUUAGGGGGAUAACUCCGAUUAGAAGCAUAUUAAAAAAAAAACUUGAGUAAAAAAAAAAAAAAUUGAUACUGGCUAUUUAAUUGUUCUCUUUUAUAUCAAGUUUGAAAAUGACAUGAAAAACUAAUAUGAAAAUGGGGUUAUUUACUUCAAAUUCAAGUAUCAAAAGUUGAACAUCGGUACAUGUCACAAAUGUAAUCCCAUCACCAGUCCAUGUCUCUAUAGCAACUACUGAACAGUUAUUACUUUUUUUAUAGUCUGAAUCAAAUUUUAUUUCAAUUUCAAAACCAUCCUGAAGUCUUGGUUUGGUUCUUGAUAAUAUUAAUUUAGCUUUCCCUAUGAUUUUUUUUUUAACCUUAUUCUUUUUAAUUGAAAGAAAUGUUUUUUUUCUCCAUUUUUAGGAUCCUAUGAAGUGGGCAGUCAAAGCCAGUCUGAAUGUUGCCUCCUCUGGAAAAUUCUCCAGUGACCGAACCAUCAAUGAGUACGCCAGAGAGAUCUGGGGUGUUGAGCCCUCCAAUAUCAAGCUACCCAACCCAGCAGACAAAGGCUCAGCUAAAGAAGACUAAAUAGAGUGCAGACUAGUUUAUCUAAUCUCCUCUGUAUUCUAGAGUUACUUAAACAUGAAUUUUUCCAUUGUGGAUUGGGCUACUUUGUCACCUUACUUUAGCCGCCUGGUUAUAAAGAGCUGGUACAUUAUAAAAUAUUAUAGCAUUUAAAAAAAAAAAAUCCAGUCCUGGUGGACAUAAUAGAAUGUUUUUUUUUACUAAGUAUUCCUACAAAUUAAAUUUUGUUUAAAGUGUUAAAAGUCAAUGAUACUGCCUUGAUUGACAGUACUAUGGUGUCUGGUAUGACUUCCAAGGCUGUAGUGUUUAUAACAUUUUUUUAUUUAAAUCUCUUGGGUGUACCAACCAAUGCUUGAUAUAUUUGUUAAGGCUGGAACAAAACAUUGUGGAUACCUGUACAACUUUAUAAAAGUGCAUUCUUAGAUGUUUGUUUAGUAACUGAUGUUACAUUGGCAUAAAUUUAGUUACAUAAGCUCUCCACUUUACGCUAAUGAAAACAUACCAAGUCAUAGAAUUUGACAUAGUUACAAAUCUCAGCCUUUUUUUAUAAAUAAAAUUUUGAGACACAUACUUCCUUUUUUACAAUAGCUUUUGGGCAUCUGAUGAAACCCAAGCUAAAUAUUAUAUUUGCUCUCCCCACACUGAGAUAAACACUGCGACAAAUAAACUUUUUCUCAGGAGCCCAACAUUUUAAAUUUGUGUUGUUUGUUUUUUUCCACAUUGGAAAUUUCAGGCUGGUGGGUGACAUGGCAAUUUUCUUGGGUUUUUUUUUAAAAUGGAGUUGAUAGGAUGAGGUAAAUUUGAAUAAAAAUUUAUGCAAAAGAAUGAAUGACUCUAAAAUGUGUGUGAUAAAUUGUUAAAGCAAUUUUUUUUUAAAAACAAUUGACCAUUCAUGGCACUACAUUGUAAGAACAAGUGAAUGUUGUAACUUAUUUAGGUGUUCUCAAGUAGGAAAUGGCAACAAAGAAAAAACAACAAAAACAACUAAGCUUUUUAUCAAGACUCUACUAACAAUUAAUACUACAUCAAUACAAAGCAAGAGUUUUAUGCUAGUGGUUGGAAAUACUUUGCUCUGGGCGUGAAAUUUCUUAAUACCUGUUAUAAUUAGUGUUAUAUUAUUGUUGAAAUGAAUCAAAGAAAACUGACUAUGAUUAAAUGGGAGUAAUACAUCAACACUUCUUAAUAGUUCAUGUUUUCUUGUGGUUGAAAUUAAGUUUUUCUACAAAGCUUAUUUGAAAUGUGAACAAAAGAAAAUGUGCUCUCUGCAUCAGUUAUACAUACAGUUUUUUUUUACAAAUUGUACAGGCUAUAAUUUAGAGAAAAUAAAUUGCUUUUUUGGUUAAAUAAUUUUUCAGUUUCUUACUUUCACAUAUUUUUGUGAAUUGAAACUUCUCAUUUUUUUGUGUUGAAAAAUACAUUUCUGUUUUUGUUAUUUUAAUUUUUUUAGCCAUGUGUAACAGUGCCAUGGGAUGAACCUUCUUGCAACGCCUAUAAUACUAUGAUUUCAUUGUGGAGUGUGUCAGAUCUAGCCAAACAGCCUGCAGUGAUCUGUGGUCAUCUUGGAGUAUGCCAGCGCUAUCCAAACUCACUGUUGUGUUAGAGUGGGAUUUCCAUGGACUGAGCUAUUGUUUCUGUUACAUUAAUUAUAAGGGUCAAAAGUGACCAGUCCCUCAUCUGCUCUUUAAUAGCAUGUGUUUUAAUGAUUUUAAAAAAAAAAAAAAAUUGCUUUCUCAUUCCUUGUUUAAAUCAUAAAGUAAUGGCUUCAUCAAGGAUAACUUGAGGUGUGUGAUAGUACAAUUCUUGAAAUUUUUUUUUUACUUUGGGCUUUUUAUUACAUUUUUGUUUUCUUUGGCAUUGACUUUUAAAAAGUAAGCCUUUACAGAUGUAUGUUUAAAAGAAGUGGGACAAAUAAAAUAAAUGUGUAAUCCCCUAGUUUUAAUUGUCUUCUCAUUGAAUUUAGUUGACUGCUAAUGGGGCAUCUGUGGAGAAGGUAACCCAAAUGUACACAGAUCAUGUCAGGCAGUUUGUGUGGUAGAGAUGUUGUCUAAACCAAGUUAAUGUUAUAUUGUAAUCUGGAUACCUGAAAUGGCACCAGAAGAAUUAUAACCCUUAGGCUGAUUCUAUUCAGAAUUUAGUUCCAUGUGUCCUGCUGGUUUAUUUAUUCUAUAGUUUUAAUAUUGUUUUAACUGGUUGCACAAUGAGUACACCUAAACCUAAUAAGUGCCCCCCUCAAAGGUCUCAGCUACUACAUUUUGAUAUUUAGUGCAAUGUUGUUGUUUUUUUGCUGUUUUUUUUUAAACAUUUUAUUUAUUUGAUUAAGAAUUAAAAAGUUUCUUCAUUUUUAAUACAGAGAGGUUCUCACUUGAAUUAUUUGCUAUUGGCACAUUGUUGAAAAUGAAAAGCUUCUGUUGCCAUGUUCUAGCUGAAGAGUGAGCUGAUCAUUUAAACAUGUUCAAGUUGGAGGUCAUGUUUGCUGUUCCAUGUCUGGUGUACAUUAAGUCAACUUUUUCCCAAUGAUUAUCACCUUUCCUACUGACAAGUAUUUAUUGGCUGAUUCAACAACUUAGAAUGUUCAUAUUCUUCCAUUGACAAGGUUAAUCUAACCUACCUGAGAACAAAUCUUUAACUAAAGUAGUGGUUCUCCACUUAUGGUCCACAUUCACUGAAAGUUGAAUGACAGGACAAGUCAAAUAAAGCCUUGUUUCCCAAUGGGUAAAAAAAAAAAAAAAGUAAAAAAAUGAUGAUUUUGAAUAGUUUCAUUAUUUGAUUAAUGAUGUUGUACACUACUAGAUCAGGGGCCUGUACUCCAGUCCAUAAUUCUCCCACACACUCAGUUAGGCUAUGAACAUUUGAAGGUGUCAUACUUCCCAUUUAAGUGUCACCAAUCAAAAUUGAUACAGGUAAUUCUAUAUAUUUUAAUUUAAAAGGUUGCAUUCAAAUAACAUAUUCUUUAUAAAAUGUUCUAAUUUCAAGAAAGAAAAUUUUUGUUCUUUCAUGUUUUAAAUUAUUGAUUGGAUUUAAGGAAACAAACAAAAAAAAGCUUUAUUGUGUACAAAUUGUAAAUAGACUUAGUUUAGAAAUCCCUUUCCUAAUCAGUAUGUAACAUAGUUUUAGUUGAAUAUAUCCAUACUAUUUAAAGGUUUUUCUCCCAUUCAGACCUAUUCCAUAUGAUGUAUAUAGGUCAGCAGUUUGAAAAGUCCUGUUGUGCAGGUCUCACCUGAUACAACGUUGUUGGACCAGGUCAAUGUUUUACUAGUUGUAGUAGUGAUAGGCUCAGCUUGGUGUGAUGUUUCUAGUGGACUGCUAACAUCAGGUCAACAAUGACUGUGCUAUCAUUGAACUGAUGGAGGCUAUUGAAUGUCUUAGCUGCCUACACAAUAUAGCAUUUAACUUCAUGUAACUGUUAACUUAAUGUAACUGUCCAAUGGUUGCAGGCCCGUGUUCACCAGAGGUUUAGUGUUCCAAUUUAACUUACAGGUGAUCUGAUGUGAUAUAUCUUCUACAACUAGUUAAAAAUAUCUUGCUUCUUGCAAUUGUUUUUCCCCCUUGGGCUGUGUGAUAAUGUUUCACCCCUGAUAUUGUCCAUUUAAUUGUAUUUAUUUCUGUUUAUUUUGACUAUUUCCUGCUGUACUCAACAGCGUGUAGACCUUUCUUUACAUUUGCUAUAUAUUUUAAAUAUCUUUUGUGAUCAACUAUUAAAAGUUGUUAAUCAG